CGUUCCUUUUCCUCGUGAGCCUCUCAUGUGAGCAGAUGUGAGAUGCAGUUUCGGAAGAUUCAAGGCACCGAAAUGAGAGAGAUUAAGGUCAGAGAAGCUGAAGGCAAUUGAGAGUGACGUCUGAAACAGGGUUCAUCUGCAAAUGUCCUGGUUCAUUUGAUGUACAUGUAUAUUAGUUCCUUGGCCAGGUUUUCUUCCCUUUGUUCUGCUCUUGUUCCAUGUGAGUUCCUUUCCUGGAUGAAUCGGCUGAAGUGAGAACUAUUCUUGAACUGUCUCAACUCUUCAUAUAACUGCGGUGUGGAGUUGGACUGGCGAGCCUCCUUUAAGCGAAUCUUUGAAACCUUUGCGUGAAUUUCACCGGUUGGACAGACACAGGAACUAAACUUGCACACCUUCAACUGGUAGGAGUGAAAUUGCACAGUUCACUUUGUCCUGAUCUGGAGUGGAGAUUGAAGACUGAGAUUACCAUCAAUUAAUUGACAAUUGAGACGGAAUUUCUGAAUCCUCAAGUUUUUUUUUUCAGUUCAUUGAGGAAAUUAAUGCUUUCGUGAAACUUGGGUACGUCAUUCAGAGAAAUUAUACUUUGUUUUAUUUGUUCAUUUUCCUAAUUAUAAGUCUGUGUUGUUUAUUUGGUUUAAAGGGAUCACUAAAAUAAAAUCUCAUUCAAAUAACUUGUUCACUUCUGCUACAUUCUCUCUCUCUCUCCUCGGACGAACCAAACCUUUGCACUAACUGGUCUAUCAUCAGAGUAGGUCUAAACCUUACAUUACGUAUCACGGGUUACAAAAAAAGUGGCGAGCCAGCCAGGAGAGAGAUUGGCCUGCAGCAGGGUGAAAAGGUGAAAGAUCUGAGUUCUAUUGAAAUCAUACAUUGAGCAGAAUAUUAAAACAUGGAUGUCAUAAUCAGAGAGAAGGUAAAUGUCGCAAAUGCUGUAAUAGCUGGAGGUUUGACAUUAACUGAAACAGAUCAUGACCUAGAAGCAUGGCUUAUGAGGUUUGGUAGUAUCAGCCGUAACUUUCUCAUUGAUGACCCAAACUCUGAAUUCCAUCGUCAUAGCAUUAUAGAAUUCACCUAUAGCUCUGCCAUGAAAACAUUAAAGCCUCUACUUCCUGUAAUAAUAGUCAGUACGCUAAAUCCAGAUACUACUUUUAAUGUGCGUGCCUUAAGCUCUGUCUACCCUCAUGCAGCUAGUGCCGCAAAAGAGUAUUUGGAAGAACUGCAGAUUAUUGCUAAUGCUAGUGGCAAGUCAAUUGAAGAAGUACUCCAGGAGGAGUUAAAAAAGAUGAAAUCUGGUCAUUCUCUCACAGAACCCUCACCUAAUUCAGACGAAAGAUUUGAGGACACAGAUGCAGCAGACUCUCAAUUGAGUGAUAGCACAGCUAACUCGUUGGACGGACAGUCUUCUCCGGACAAAUCACAGAGAGUGACCACAGAUCACGCAGCCCCUCUGUCAUCAAACAAUUUCCCAAUAAAUGGAAUUGAGUCAAAGAAAUCCCAAAACCUGGCCAAGGAAAGAUUUAAUAGUAGAACUAGCAAUCCCAAAGUUACAGUAUCACCUCAUACAGAUCUUACUAUGGACAUGAUUGAUCCACUCAGCGUGCAAAAAGUUGUAGUUGAACACAUUGUUAGAACAAAUGACACUGCUGCAAUACAACCUACCUCUUUCCGUCUCAGGUCCUUCUCUGGGAAAGUUCCUAGACCAGUGAAUGAACCAGACUUUGACACUUGGCGGGCGAAUGUUCAAUUUCUGCUGGAUGACCCUUCUAUUUCGGACUUGUCACGAACCAGGAGAAUAAUUGAUAGUCUGCUCCCUCCUGCAGCUGAUGUCAUUAAACACAUGAGCCCCCAGUCUUCACCAUUAGCAUACUUGGAACUGUUAGAAUCUGUCUAUGGAUCUGUGGAGGAUGGAGACGAGCUAUUGGCAAAAUUUAUGACCAUGCUACAGAACCCAGGAGAAAAGGCUUCCAGUUAUUUACACCGACUACAGGUCAUGCUGAGCACAACUGUAAGGAGAGGUGGCAUUUCUGGAAGUGAGCAAAGUCGUUGUCUCAUAAGACAAUUUUGCCGUGGAUGUUGGGAUAAUGGAUUAAUUGCUAGCCUACAGCUAGAGAAGAAAAAAACCAACCCACCUUCCUUUGCAGAGUUGGUAGUAUCUAUUCGCACCGAGGAAGAUCGGCAAGCCUCAAAAGAGGACAGAAUGCGUAGCCAUUUUGGACUAAACAAACAGAGUAACACCUCCAAACUGAGAACUGCAACACAUCAAAUGUCAGCAUGCUCUCGUGAUGCAGUUGUAGCAGCUGAAGAGGUUGAUACCAUUAGGGCUCAAAUAUCGGAACUGCAUGCUCAGGUUGCCGCUAUUCAAACCUCAACUUACCAGAAAGGUCAGCCUGAGAGUCCGAAAAAUGAUGAUAUGAAACAGCUAAAGAAAGAACUAAGAGAACUACAAGCACAAGUAAAUGCUAUGAAAACAUGCAUUUCUGAAAAAGAAAGACCAGAAGAAAACCCAGAAUCUAAGGAGUUAGCUGGGUUAAAGAAACAAGUGGCAGAAUUAAAGGCUCACUUAACAGCUCCUGAACCCCCCCAACAGCGGACAGGGAAGACAUUUACCUCCAAAGGCUCCUCAGUGAAAUUCCAGAAUAGGCAGACAGAGAAGGAUGAAAAUAACCAGCAAAGAAGGGGUUUUGUGACAUCCUCCCGUCCUCGUCCUGGAUAUUGCUUUAGAUGUGGAGAGGAUGGACACCUCGCCAUCAAUUGUGAAAAUGAUCCCAAUCCCUCUAAAGUAUAUGAAAAGAAAUGCCAGUUAAGAGAAAAACAAGCCCAGUGGGAUCUGAAGAACCAAAUAACUACUGCUCAGUUAAACAGCAGGCAGUCUCUGUAGCAGGGCA